GUCAGCAUAGCGAGUAACAGAGUGUAUUCUUGUUCCAUGGGUUUAAUAAGUUAUUAGAUGGGUAGUGCCCUUUGUUCUGGAGGAAACACAGUUUCAUCUGAAAUAGACAGAGAGAAGACGCAAAGUGUUAACAAUUUCUCUCGUAGUAAACAUUCAGAUAGCGAGUCUGAAACAGAUUUUGCACCUACUGAUGUAGAGGGAGACCCACCAACGGACAGGAUGGCCAAUAUAGGCAACAAGCAGAUUCAGCUGAGAUGCAAGACUCCCACUGGUCAGCAUUACUUGACAGGACUUACUCUCAACACAACAGUGGGAAGACUAAAACAGGUGAUAUCCGACCUAGCCAACAUUCCCAAAGACAGCAUCAAGAUCAGGCAGGGUUACCCACCAAAGGUAAUCAACACAACUGAUGACUCAGCAGAAAUAGAGACUCUGCCAUUCCGAUCAGGAGACACUCUGAUUGUGGAAGAAGAGAGGGGCUCACAGAUUCUGAAGCAGCAGAGAGUAGACCGAGCCCUGCAGUCCCAGCUUCUGUCAGGGAUAAAGGGGAUGCUUAUACGUAAAGUUGUCCCUGCCAAUAACUCAUGUUUGUUCACAAGCGUGAAUGCUGUGAUGACAGACGGUGUCGUAGAUACAGCAUGUGCCAAAGUGAUGCGUCACCUUAUAGCAGACAUAGUGUGUGGAGACACUGAGUAUUAUAAUGCUGGAUUCCUCGGGGAACCUAACGAAAGCUAUUGUCGCUGGAUACUAGACGAUCAGUCGUGGGGUGGAGGAAUAGAGUUGUCAAUUUUAUCUCGUUAUUAUCAAGUGGAGAUUGAUGUUGUUGACACACAGACUGGGAGAAUAGAUAGGUUUGGGGAAGACAAGGACUACUUAGAGCGUGUACUGCUUAUCUAUGAUGGGGUCCAUUAUGACGCGCUGAUUCUUGAACCAACAGACCCAAGCAGACAAAUCGAAACAAAAUUCCCAACUUCAGAUGAGAUGGUGCUUGCACAAGCUAUGGAGCUAGCCGCUGAGGAGGCUAGUCGACAGUUCACGGAUGUUGCCAAUUUUUCCCUCCGCUGCCUCAUCUGCCAAGUGGGGUUGAAGGGAACUGAUGAGGCUCAGAGCCAUGCUAAAUCUACUGGCCAUGUAAACUUUGGAGAAUACUAGGAUCAAGACUUGACCAUGGAUUGUUGUGUAUGUGGUGCAGUCAGGUGUCCACAGGACGUCUCACUCUAUCUCUUCUCACUCUUGAAAUGGAAAAAUUCUUACCAACAAUGACCAACAAACAACACUCACAUCUGAACUUCUACCAUGUCCAUGCCCUUACCAAGUGGACCAGUUGCCAAACAUUUCUAGCCAAUCAAACAGAUAUUCAAACAAUUAGGAAUUGAGAAAGGGAUAUAUUUAAAUACAACAAUGAAAUUCCUAUUGUGGCCAAAUACCAUAGUCAUGUCAGCAUCUGAAUUAAUGAAAUGUCUGUCCAUAGUUAUGAGUUAAGCAUGAAAAGGAGAAUUGUUUCAUAUUUUGUAAAACCAGGCAUUCGUGGACUAGUCUCAGUGCUGAAAUGUUCUAUACAGACUUGUAUCCUGGAGAAGUAUUAAAACCUGACAGGGUGGCUUUGAAACAGUUUUCUCAGCAUCAUCCUAUGCUGUUGGGCUACGCCACAGUAGUGAAAAAACAGCCUCUGUAGUCGACUGUGAUGAGGCUGCCAUGUGAUGGUCGGGAAAUCUGAUGGUGUCAGAUGAAGUCUAUGACAGGUCAGGACAACCAUGUGUUAAUCUGGCCCUGGUCAAACGGAUAGUCCUUUAGUCCAGAGGAGACACAUCACUCAAACAAAUAGUCUCUCAGCACAUUUAGGAUGCUGCAGUAUUUCUUCUCAUAUCAAAUGUUCUGGUUAUUCAAAAUCAGUUGUGUCAAAAUGUUAUAUUGCUAUAUUUAUCUUGGUAUUCUUGUUGUUAUGCUUAUUUGCAUAUAUAGAAGAAUAUUUUUUUCACAAUGCUUCCAAAUGUUUUAUACAUUAUAUAUUAUAUGUUAGGUUAAUAAAUUGUGUUUGACGAUA